ACACCCUUUCUAUUUGGAGUGAUCCUUUUCACCAUCUGUCCACUCCUUUUUUCUCCCCACUUCAUUGGGUCUCAACCACCUGUUUUCUGAAAUUGAAAGCCCUAAGGGCCAAUGAGGAUAAACAUAUUUUUGAGGGGACUCUUGACUAUCACCAGGUUAGUUGGGGGAAGGGGGAGAAAAAAUUACCCCUUCCUCACCACCUGGCUCAAAUCCCUUAAUUUCCCCUUGCAGAAAGAUGGUAGAAAUGACCAAGAGAUAAAUCCCCAUUUUCCUGAGGAAUGGGGAGGACAGAACUUCAGGGAAAUGGGCCCAAAGGGAAAGAACACUAAAGCCAAAGGAGAGAGAAAAAUCAGAAAAAUUUAGAUCUUGGGGUUCCAAGGGACCUUAAGACAUCAUGUCUUUUUACUCACAAGGGCAUUAUCUGCAUUUAAAGAUGAGGCAAUAGAACAUCUGAGGGUUUCAAUGACAUGCCCAAGUUUAUACCGGCAGUUACUGGUAGAGAAGGAAGCACAUUCUAGGUCUUCUGCUCACUGACCCCUGAAGGAGGCAAAGGCAGAAACCCCUUCCCAGAGAAACAGAGAGGGAGAGAAAGAGGGGCUUGGGGGGGGGGGUAGGAUAAGGGAAAGAGGGGGCAAAUCUAUGAAGAGCCAUUCCCCCAACCCCUCUCACUUUUCCUCUGUGUUACCACCCUUAAAGGGACUCAGGAGUGACUGUUCUUCAUUCACAUUGCUUUUACACAAUUUCCGGCCAGAAGCCAAAGUAGAGGGCCAGAGGUUGGGGGUUCCGGUGUUGAAAUGGCAUCAAGAACAGGACACAAACACCCCACCCACUUGGCCCAGGACACAUAGGGGUUCAUCCUAUGACUACACCCAGCCUGAACCCAAGGAGGCAUUUCUCCAGCUAGGCCUAUGGACACUGACAAGGAGGAGGUUGGAAGGGAGGCAAUGAUACUGGGAGGAAGGGGGAAGAUAACACAGGAUGGGGAGUCAUAGGGUCAGUGUUCACAUCCCAGAUCUGUCUAUUUUCUGUGGGAGCUUGGGCACAUCUAAGCUAUCUAGUCUUUCGCUUCCUCCAUUAUAAAAGGAGAGGGUUGGACCAAAUGACGUGUCUAAGGUUGCUUCAGAUAUAAGCUAUGAUUCUAUGAUGCUCAGGACAGGGGACACUAGAAGAGAGGGACAUGAACAGAGAAGGCCAAUAGGGAAAGAAGGUUGCUUGGGUGAUCUUGGCCCCAGGGGAGCCUUUCCUGGCUCCUGGCCUGGUAGGAUGCCCCCGUGUCCUCCACAGCAGAGCAGGAACCGGGCUACACUACUCACUGCCCCAGAAGUGGGAGAGAUGGAGCUGACUUGGCAAGAAAUUAUGUCUAUCACAGAGUUGCAGGGCCUUGAUAUGCAAAAUGAGCCAACCUUUGAGUCCCCAGUGCCAUAUCCUGGGCCUGCACCUCCCCCUGCUUAUGGACCUUGCCCAGUUCUCCCCGACACUGGCAGCCACCUCACUUCACCCUAUGAGGGUCUCUACCAGGACUUCCCCCCACCUUCAGCUCUAGUUCCAGACUCUCCCUAUGCAUAUGGCAGCUUGGCCCUUCCUGUUUCCAAACCCAUGACUCUCUCAGGACUCCUCAGCGACCCUCUCCCCAAGUCCCUGUCCCUGCUGGACAUGGGACUGCCUGUGGGACCCACCAAACCGCAAGAAGAUCCUGAAUCUGACUCUGGUUUAUCCCUCAACUACAGCGAUGCGGAAUCUCUAGAGAUGGAGGGAAUAGAGGCUGGGAGACAGAGGGGAGAGUAUGUAGAUAUGUUCCCAGUUGAGCACCCCUACCCACUCAUGCCUACCUCUCUAGUCCACUCCAACUAUCCUCUGCCACCUCCUGAGACUCACUUGACUUUUGAACCCACGAUGUGCCCUGGAAGGGCCAAACCCUCAGGGAGAGGGGAGUCGGGAAGUAGGGAUGAGCGCAGGGCUUUGGCCAUGAAAAUCCCUUUUCCCACUGAGAAAAUUGUCAACUUACCCGUGGAUGAUUUUAAUGAGUUGGUGGCUAGGUAUCCGCUGAGUGAAAGCCAGCUGGCCUUAGUCCGGGACAUCCGACGGCGGGGCAAAAACAAGGUGGCUGCCCAGAACUGUCGCAAAAGGAAGCUGGAGACUAUUGUGCAGUUAGAACGAGAAUUGGAGAGGUUGGGCACCGAGCGGGAACGGUUGCUCAGGGCCCGAGGGGAGGCCAACCGGACUCUGGGGGCCAUGCGCCAGCAACUGGCAGAGCUCUAUCGAGAUGUCUUCCGGAGACUGCGUGAUGAAGCUGGAAAUGGCUACUCCCCAGAAGAGUAUGCCUUGCAACAGGCUGCUGAUGGUGCCAUCUUCUUGGUGCCCAGGGGAGUCAAGAUGGAGACUUCAGACUGAAUGGGGGAAGAGAAAGUAGGAGGGAAAAGAAAUUGGAGGUCACGUGCAUUUCCUUCUUCCCCCUUCUUAGAUGGGUGCUCCUCAAACGUGGUCCUUCCAGACAGAGGUUGGAGAAUUAUUUGGAACGUUUGGGAAGAAGGAGAUCUCUGGGGAAGUGAAGGGUAGGGGUACAACCAGGAAUGCCAUGGUGGUAACUCCAGGAGAGCCUGGUUUGGGGUAUAUAGGGGGCCUGGAAGCUGUUUGCUCUCUUCCUAAUCAUCCCCCUCACUUCAAUUCCCCAGAUGGAUCCCUGCAUCGCCAAGGACUCAGAUUAAGCUUUGAAAGAUAAAGCAUGAUACAAAAAA